AGGCAAGGAUGUCAUCUUCUUGAUCUUCAUCCUCAUUACCUUCCAUCUUAUUCACACAAAAAAAAUGGACAUCAACAUCGUGUCUGCGAUGCUCUACUCCAUGGCGCUCGUUCUGGUCGCUCUCUCCAUCGCCUUUGUGCUCCUCCUCCUGAAAAUCUUCACCGGCAAGUCCCUCCGAACCUCUAAGUAUCCGCCCGUUCACGGGACUGUCUUUGGUCAAAUCAUCUACUUCAGCCGGCUCUACGACUACCAAACCGGAGUCGCGAGGAGAUCUCCGACGUUCCGGCUCCUCGCGCCGGACCAGAGUGAGAUUUACACGGUCGAUACAAGGAACGUUGAGCACAUAUUGAAGACCAAGUUCGAGGAGUACACCAAGGGAGAGUAUAACAUAGAUAUAGCCAAGGACUUGUUCGGGGAGGGGAUUUUCGCGGUGGAUGGAGACAAGUGGAGGAAGCAGAGGAAGGUCGCAAGCUUUGAGUUUGCAACGAGGGUGCUCAGAGACUUUAGCUGUUGCGUGUUCAGGAAGAAUGCUGCAAAGCUGGUCAAGGUCGUGGAGGAAUUAUCGGCUGCUUCCGAGAUAUUUGAUAUGCAAGAUAUAUUGAUGAGAUGCACCUUGGAUUCCAUCUUCAAAGUUGGAUUUGGUGUGGAAUUGAAUUGCUUGGAAGGAUCGAGCAAAGAGGGAAGAGUCUUCAUGAAAGCUUUUGAUGAAGCGAAUGCACUGAUCUACUGGCGAUACGUCGAUCCCUCUUGGAAGCUCAAAAGACUUCUGAAUAUUGGUUCAGAAGCCCGUCUUAGGAAUAACAUUAAACUCAUCAACAAUUUCGUGGAUCAACUUAUUAGAACCAAGAGAAAUCAACUCCCAGCACAGCGAGAACGUAAUGACAAGGAGGACAUUCUCUCAAGAUUUUUGCUCGAGAGCGAGAAAGAUCCCGAGAAUAUGAACGAUAAGUACUUGAGGGAUGUAAUUCUGAAUUUCAUGAUCGCCGGAAAAGAUACUAGUGCAAAUACCUUAUCAUGGUUCCUCUACAUGCUCUGCAAACACCCCCUAGUGCAGCAAAAGAUUUUCGAUGAAAUAAAGGAAGUGAUUGGAGAUCAAGUAAGUGAAGCUAAUGCUGAUUAUUUCGUGGAGAAAAUAACUGAUCUGGUGCUUGACCGGAUGUACUAUCUUCAUGCCACGCUCACAGAGACCUUGAGGCUGUAUCCUGCAGUUCCGGCGGAUGGAAGAUGUGCUGAGGCAGAUGAUGUUCUCCCAGAUGGCUUCCACGUGAAAAAAGGGGACGGCGUAUAUUUCUUGGCUUACUCAAUGGGAAGAAUGCACAACAUCUGGGGAGAAGAUGCCGAGGAUUUCAAACCUGAAAGAUGGUUGAAGGAUGGAAUUUUCCAAAACGAAUCCCCUUUCAAAUUUGUUGCAUUCAAUGCUGGUCCUAGGAUCUGCCUCGGGAAGGAUUUUGCUUAUCGCCAGAUGAAAAUAGUUUCAAUAGCUCUCCUUCGCUUCUUCCGUUUCAGAUUAGCUGAUGAAACUAGACCUGUAACCUACAAGGUCAUGUUCACCCUUCAUAUCGACAAUGGCCUACAUCUCCAUGCUGUUCCCAGAUUGGCUGCAUAAGAACCGGACUAUUGAGUAUGGUCCAUCAUGACAUAUGGAAUUCUAACGUUGGAUGCUAGUUUCACUUAUAAGUAAGCAUGUGCACCACAAGAUCUUACUAUUGCACAUAAAUGUUGGAAUUACCCCACUGCUUGAAAUCGAAGAUCUUUGGGUUGCCCUC